GCUCCUCCUCCUCCGCCUCCCGAUGCGCGACUCCCCCACCGCCGCCGCCGCCGCCGCCGCCGCCGCCGCGCUCCAUCCCGUGCCGAUCUGAUCCGGUCGUCGCGCGGAAAAUGCCUCGUCAACACCACCACCUCCACCACGAGCCGCCCCCGCCCGCCUGCUGCUGCGCCUGCGGCGGGGGAUGCGGCGGCGGCGGCGGCGGCUUCCCCGCGCCGGCCAGCUGCUACUGCUACUACCCCGCGCCGCCCGCGCCCGCCUCCGCCUCCGACCACCUCCUCCACGCCAUCGCGGCCCACCUCCUCCUCGGCUCCGCGUCCCCGGCCCCGGCUACCCCGCCGCCGCAGCCACAUCCACAGCCCCAGACCCAGCCGCCGCCUCCCGCCGCGGCGCACCACGCGUACCCCUACCCCAGCAAGUACCAGUACCAGUACCAGCAACCCAAACCCCAGCCGCAGACCAACCCGUCCGAGCACAGCCACGUCGUGCUCCACUCGCUCCUGCGCCGCGUGGCCGCGCUCGAGUCCACCCUCCCGCACUGUUUCACCUCACCGCCCGUGCCGCCCCCGCUCCGUCCGAACCUUCGUCACCGCCGCGUGGCCGCGCACCAGGAGGAGGAAGAGGACGACGACGACGAUGACGAGGAGGAGGAUACUCCGCCCUCACCGCCGCCGCGGCAACGGCGUGCGCGGGCUCCGCCUUCACCUGCGAGGGAGCGCGCGGCGAGGACGAUCCAGGCACACUUCCGCCGCUUCCUGGCGCGGCGGUCCCGCACGCUGCGCCACCUGAAGGAGCUCGCCAUCCUCCGUUCCAAGGCCGCCGCGCUCCGGGGUUCGCUCUCCGGCCGAGGCAGGGUGGGCGACCCCGCCGUCAUCUCCGAGGCCGCAAUGGCCCUCCUCUUCCAUCUCGACGCGAUCCAGGGCGGGGACCCGAUGAUCCGGGAGGGGAAACGCGCAGUGAGCCGGGAACUCACCCGGAUCUUGGAGUUUGCUGACAAGGUGCUAGUCAAAGAGCAUGGGGAGAUUGCAAAAAAUGGCGCAUUGGACUGUAACGACUACCAUGAAGGUUGCAGUGGCGCAAACAAGAAGAAGGUGAGCUUCUGCAGUAAUGGCAAAGUCCAAGAGCUGCAUUACGAGGCAGUCGCAGAGGAAGAGCAUUGCAGUGAUGCUGAGGAGAGCUCUGAGACCUCCAGCUCUGCUGAAGCUGAUGAGAGGAAGCGCACAUACAGCAAGAAGAGCGCUAAUGGCAAGCCCGGCCUUGCUGCGCCAGCGCCUGUGUACAUGGAGUCAAGGAGGAUUGACGGGGAAAGGAGAUAACCUUCGGUUUGCAUCCUGUGAUGCGGCUUCAGGUUUAGAAUCAUGUGGAUUUUCGUGAUGUUUUUACAUUCCUACUGUUGUUUAUUUUUCACUGAUAUUUCCUGAGGAGAGGUUGGCACUUUUCAGAUGGAGUUUUGAUCUUUGGAACUAGGAGCCUAAGACUGUUGUAUGCUCAAUUUCCCUCGGUGUUUAUGGCCUUUGUUGCUGGGUGUACAAUUGCACUGUUAACUUAAGCCAUUGAUAAUUCUAGCUUGAAACUUUUGUGCACUAAA